AUGGAGUGCUUUGACAAGAUUUCGUGUUCGGGCCGGUGCUUGCCACCGAAGAAACAGGUUUUCUUCACAGUAUGUCUUCUCUUACUCGCCGGAGCUCUUUUCUUUGAACCUGCCACCUUCGCAAACGGGCAAGGCGCCUGCUGCGGCGGCGGCGGUGGCGGUGGCGGUGGCGGUGGCGGCGGCGCCCCAUCGUCUCCACACCAUGCUACGAGCGCAGAGGAAUCGCCUCUUACUGCUGCUCCCGUGUCGUUCUUGUUUCCUCUCAAAGUCGGCUUCAGCACAUGGUUUAUGUACAACGAGGUCUUUUCCAUCAUUAAGAACAAGGCGUACAAGACGGUGGCCUCCUCCGCCGCGCGUAUGUUGCGGAGACGCGAGCAGCCCCAUCCGUACGCGAUUGUGUCGCAGUGGUUCCGAGGUCUGAUUCUCCAGUUGACAGGAGUCGCUUCAUCUCCUAAAGGUCCUGGGGGAUAUGUCCAAUUGCAGCGCACGUCCAUGAACGGUCCUGCUGUUGCGCAGUUGGCAGAAGACUUCGAAACCAUCGGCUUGACAGCGUGGAGAUAUCUCGGGCCAGAUGCCAAAUCUGCCGUUUGUGAUGUGAACGAUGAGGAGUGCCGUCAAAAGGUUGAGGACGUUCUUUACUCAACGAUAUCUCUCUUCUGGUCGACUGUUCUUUCUGCCCAGGGGCCUAGUACCUUGCAAGCCAAUUUCAGGAAGCUGCUCGAACAGUCGGCUUGUCCCCUGUUCGCCUACUCUGACCCUGGAUUCCUUGAGUCGGCAGUCGAACAGGGACCGUCCAACUUUUCCGGCCUUGAGGAUCGUCUCGAUGCUCUAGGAAGGAAGUAUUACAAGAGCGAAGCGUGUGUCAGGUUCCGCGACAGUAUGCUGGCGGGUAUGAACGUUUGUGGAGUGACUCUUCAGGAACAGGUGGAGAAGUUGAAGCAGGCUAAAGAGGGGCACUCCGCUCAUUCACUUCACGAACUCCUCAUGAUGAAUUACGACAAGAUGAGCAUUGAAGCACAGUUUUAUGAAUCCACUCUGCUCGCCAGUGUGCGCGGCGAGGCAGCUCGCCAUCAAAAGCUGUCCCCUGAGCAGAAACUCCAUACUCUGGUUAGUGCUGUAGCUGCCGCCAAAAAGGAAAUGGAUCCUCUUUCCUUUGCUCAGUUCUUGGAAAGGACGGAAUCUGGACUGCGUGCUGCGGGCGAGCUCACCACGACGAUGGAGGAAAUGGUUGCCGUUGCGAAGCGAGAUGAGGAGAGCGGCGCAGCUGACAGAAGGAGGGCCGCGAAGAAGGACUGCUGCAAGGGACGCAAUUAA